CACACACACACACACACACACACACACACACAUACCCAUCAACAUCACCAUUCCGAAUUAGUCACGAGUCACGAAACACGAGUCACGAAAUACGAGCCACAUUCAGACACCUUUGAACGAGCGAGGCGAGACAGUUCACCGGUUCGCCUGCCCAAUUACCGAACACACCUGCGUCACAACUAAUUACCUUUAAUCAGAACCAACCAACACCUGAAUAAAAACACAUUAAACCACUUUAUUUACAGCGUCAUUACCCAAACACACACAUAGCUUUACAUUUCAGACAAGUGGCAAAGAUUUAUGAUUUUAAAGUGUUGAUUUGGAAGGAUGGAGAGCAAGGAGGAGGGAGGGAAGGAGGAUAAGGAGGGAAGAAAAAAGCAUAUACCUCCCUCUCUCUCUCUCUCCCUCUCCCUCCCUCUCCCUCCCUCUCUCUAAUUCAGUGCACUUCCUCACCUCCUUCACGUCAGGCGCCACUAGCACACUUUCAGGAGUGGAGAAGAUUUAGAGUGACAAAAAAAGUGAGAGAAUAGAGCGAGAGCAGUGAGUGUGUCCUUCGGGAGGCUAACGAGGCGGAACACGUGGAGGAAGAGGAGGAGGAGGAGGAGGAGGAGGUGGAAGAGGAGGAGGUGGAAGAGGAGGAGAUCAUGCAGAAAAUUAAAGGGACAAGAUUUUUCAGUCCUGUCGAAACGUAGAGAGGUGGUGUAGGAGAGCAGUGAACCAGCUAUGUCCGCAGCAUCGCUGGUGUCAUACGUGAUCGGGAAACUGAAGAGUGACGAGGCGGCGCCGGGAGAUAUGUCUGGCAGCGGCGGCAGUCCUCCCACACCGCAGCUCACCACCGUCUGGCGCACAAAGUCCAUCCCUUACGACAUCCCAGACACCAGCCAUCCCUUCAGGAACGAAGGUUCCCUCCUGAAACUGUUACGCACCAAGUCCAUGCCGCUGCUUGGCAGGGAGGGCAGCAGCCCGCAACGCCUGCAGUUGGCCCCGCAGCAAGCCCAUGCUACGGCCCGGAGCCAGUCGCCCUCCCCUGUGCGGCACCCGCGGAACCGCGUCGAGAGCAUAAGGAACAUGAGCGGUCACUUCAGCGACGCCUCGGAGUCCACAGUGGCCUCGGUGAAUACCCCGCCCCCAACGCCUCGCUCGCCGUCCCCCACCGGACUGCGCUCCCGCUCUGCCUCUGACGGGCACCUGUGGCAACGGAGGAAGAAGCAGGUGAGGCGCCACACGGACAAGGUGACGGUCACGCUGCCCUCAGUCAAGGAUCUCAGGGGAAAGUUUGACGAGAAGCCAGCGGCCUCGCCCACCGACAAACAACCACCGGCGAACCCCGCCCCGGUGAACGAUCACGCUCUGAGAGAGGGUGGGACGGGUGAUGAGCGGGAGGGGCGGCGGGUGACGCGUCACUACAGCAUGCUCAGGCCUCAUCUCAAGAGUCCGGAGCGCCGCCAGCCGCUGAGACAAGCCGUUACGCCAGACAAUGUCAGGAAGAUCUUGGAGAAAUUCGAGAUCUCGCCACAGAUCGAGGGCGAGGAGAGCGAGGUGUUCUCGAGAAGUGACUCACAGGAGCUGCGUAUCAAGAGCUGCAGCGAGGUCACUCUGAAGACCAGUGACUUGGAGGUGCAGCAAGAAGAUCAAACACGCCGCAGGACAAGCCUCCAGGGUCGGCAGAAAAUGAAGAACCACCGGCGAUCCAAGAGUGAACCAGAUCCGUCUGCCGUGCUGCGCCACCACGCUCAGACCUCCCCACCAAGCGUCAGGAAACUCAAACUCUUAUUCGAGAGGGAAGCCCUGGCUGGAGGCGGCAACGACUUCACCAAGAGUGCCGCCCCGGAGCCCAACACUUAUCUGGAGCAACUGAAAGAAAAGACGCCUGAGCCGCCGCAGGUGCGAGAGUCUCGAGAGAACACUGCCGGGGAGACACAGGCAGAGGAGAGCAGCGCCGCAGAUCAGCAGCUCCUGGGAGUGGAAGACGCCACUGGCCAGAUGCAGCACCAUAAGACUCCGCCAAUAGUGGAAGUGCUUGCCGCAGGGACGCCUUCUGUUAGGAGUUUACGGCAACGAUUCGAAGAGGGAUCCUCAGCCCAGUCUUUACUGAAAAUUGCCGAAGAGGAGGUAGCCUCAAGGCCCCGCCGAGCCAUCGUGCACCAGCUCAAGACGCCCUUCGAGGAGUCACUGCGCCAGAAGUCCAGGAGUGUUUCUCCAGAAAAGGAAAGUCGUCACUCGCUCACCAGCUUCUCCAGUGCCUCAGUCAAGAACCUCACGCGGCAGUUUGAGGCGCUGUCACCCGAAAUACUCCACCAGGAGGAACAGGACAGCAUGGGACACGAACCCAUGUUACCGUCGAGCCCCCCGCCGACUGACCCUCACAGGAAGCUGCAGAUGCUUCCACUCGACAGUGUGGCACGAGAAGCCCAGCACGACACCAAGCCAGCGGAUACACUCGCGGUUCAGGUCCUGGUGGACUCCUCUUCGCGGCGGCGGUCACUCAUGAGUAGCUCAGAGUCGUCCAGCGAUGACGAAGAGAGGAAAGAGAAAAGCAGAAGGCAGGAGAUGGAGCGACAGAGAGAGAGGAAGCAGGCAGAGAACGAAAAGGAGAGACAGAGGACUGAACAAGAACAAAAAUGGUUACAAAAGGCAAAGGAAAAGGAAGAAAAGGAAAGGAAGACUCUAGAAAUUUUAGAAAAGGAAAGAGAAGCUAAAAGGAAGUUAGAAGAGGAAAGAAGAAUACGAGAAAGAGAAGAACAAGAAAGACUCGAAAAGAAGAAAGAAAAAGAGAAACUAGAACUGGAAAUACGUAAGAGGGAAAGAGAAGAAAGGGAACGAAAGGAAAGGGAAAGAGAAGAAGAGGAACGAAAGGAGAGGGAAAAAGCACAGGAAGAAAAGAAAGAAAGAGAAAAACUGGAAAGGGAAAUGAAAGAAAAAGCAGAGAUGGAACGAAGAGAGCGAGAGAGGAUGGAAAGAGAAAAGGCAAAAGAGGAAGAGGAGAAGCGAAAGAAGCGCGAAAGAGAGGAAGCUGAACGCCUGCGCCUCCUCCAUGAAAAGCAAGAAGAGGAGAAGACGAAAGAGGAGGCAAGGAGGAAAAGGAUAGAGUUGAUUAGAAGAUUAUCAGGCGAGGAGGUGCCCAAGGCCGUGGGACGUGACGAAGCCCGUGAGAACGACAAAAAGGCAGGCGACAAGCCUAGUGUCAGCAGCAGCAGCACCACCACCACCACACACCAGGGCGAGGCCUCCUCUGAGCCGCGGGUGGAGCAGCUCAUUGAUCAGUUCACCAAUCUACGUGACUUUGAUUUGGAGGGCGAGGCGCGGCGAGGCGACGCCCACCACAAGCUUGACGGAGGCGAUCUUGAGGACGAGGACGCGGAUGGCCGCCGCCACUCAGACGUGGCCGCUCUCGUGAACAAGUUCCGCAAGCUUAAUGCGCGCCGAGGCUCAUCGUCCUCCUCGGAGAGCGAUGGCGAGGACGGCAAACCUCGAUCGAAGUCUGUGAAGGAGGAGGCGCCCAUCCCCACCAUUCCCGCCAGGAGCAGCGGCCCGGGCAAGGUGCGCACGCUGCGGGAGGACGAGAUGCGGUUCUUUGAGUCCGCGGGCGGCGGCACAGAGCCUUUCCUGCGCACACAGAGUCUCCGCGUCAAGAAGAGCGAACAGUCGCACUUUACGCAGCCACGCUUUGGCUCCCUGCGCGGCAGUAAGUCCAACAAGUCCCGCGUAGCGGUGCUCUCCGCCUCCAGCACCACCACCGCCGCGCUGCCCAGGAACUGCCGCCGCCUCAACAGUGACGAGCUGCAGUUCUUCACCGGCGAGGUCACCAACAUCUACCGCAACAGAGCCACGAAAUCGCGCGGCAGGGCGAGGAAGACGGACAGGGUGGACGGCAGGCCGCCCAGGGCUUCCCGAGGCGGUGCCCUGCCAGACACGGAGGAGUUUUUUCGCAUAGCGGGUCGAGCCGAGCAGGGAGGUGAGCCCAACGGACGACCCGCCAACAGCGAAAACGAGUCAGACAGUGAGCCGAGCGUCCUGCGCACCGGUGACGACGUGAUCACGGACUCCGAGAGCGAUAUUUACGAGCUGGACAUUAACCUGAGGAGCGACGCGGACACAGAGGAUCCCUCGGACACGGAGGACCGCAGCGACCUGGACCAGACGCUGUCCCUGUUCGUGCACUCUAUCCAGGGGGAGCUGCUGCCGCCCGUGGCCACCGAGGGCUGCGGGGAGGCGCAGACCCGGUGCUACGUUGUGUUUAGCCCCGAGACUCACCCGUGGAGUAGCGAGGACGAGGAUGAGGACGACACGCUGGAGUCACCCCUGGUGUCACCCACACUCACAGAGAACGUCCUCACGCCAAUACUCAAAGAAAACGGAAUCUCUCUGGCUGUGCACCAGCAGGAGGGACUACUGAGCGACGCACCUAAGGCUGUGGUGCUCACCACGCCCACUGGGGACACCAAGACAGAACAGACUAGCAACAGGCGCAGCGAGGGUGAAGACAACACUCUACACCCUCCGAGGCAACAUUACACCACCGGAAAAGACGCCAAUUCCUCACAGAGACUAGAUUUCCCUCAACACAGCGGCGAUACCAAAGAAAACGGUGAUGGUAUUGAUUUUCUUGGGGGGACCAAAGCAGACUUGCGGCCCUCGGAGGAGCUCAAAGGAUUGGUGUUGACGGGACUCGUGACAGGAGAGACAGGCGAGAUAGGCAGCAGGGAGGCCGGGGCGCAUCUGCUGACUCCUGAGAAAAGGGAUUCCAGCGAAAAGAAGAUGGAGAAGUACGAGGAAGAUAAUGUAAAGAAGAUGGAGAAGAAAGAGAUGAGUGUAAAGGUGGAGAAAAUCAUGUAAAGAUGGAAAGGAAAGAGGAAGCAAUUGUGCAGGAGAAAGAAGAGGAAGGUAAUAUGAAGAAAGUGGAGAAGAAAGAGGAUGUCACUAAAAACAAAGUGGAGAAGAUACAAGUCACAAUUCAGAUGGACAAGAAACACAUAACAAAAGCGGAAAAGGAGGAGGAGGAGGAAGUCACCGUAAAUAAAACAGAGAAACAGGAAGAGAAAA